AUGUCCUUCCCUCUCGUCUGUCUUUGUAACCCAUUGCUCGACUUGCAAGUCGACGUUGAACCUUCAUACCUUGAAAAAUACUCUCUCAAGGAAAACGAUGCCAUCUUGGCCGAAGAAAAGCACCUUCCAAUUUACGACGAAGUGAUCAACCAACCAGGUCUUCACAUUGUUGCCGGUGGUGCUGGCCAAAACUCUGCCAGAGCUGCUCAAUACGUUUUGCCACCAAAAAGUGUUGUUUAUUUCGGUUCAGUUGGUAAUGAUCAAUAUGCAGACCUUUUGAUCAAGGCCAAUGAAAAAGCCGGUCUUACCACCAAAUACCAAGUCCAAACUGAACACGAAACCGGUAAAUGUGCUGCCUUGAUCAACGGUUUGAACAGAUCUUUGGUCACUGACCUCGCUGCCGCUAACCACUUUACUCUUUCUCAUUUAGAAAAGCCAGAAAAUGAAGAAAUCAUCAAGGGCGGUAAAGUCUUUUACAUUGGUGGGUUCCACUUGACAGUUUCUCCAGAAGCCAUUAUCAAGCUUGGUAAAGAAGCUGCUGCUCACAAUGACAAAAUCUCCGUCAUCAACUUUUCCGCCCCAUUCAUUCCUGAAUUUUUCAAAGACCAACUUGACAAGUGUUUGCCAUACAUGGAUUACGUUAUUUGUAACGAAACCGAAGCUGAAGCUUACGCCAGCUCCCACGGUUAUGCUGAACCAAGCAACUUGGUUGAAACUGCCAAAUUAGUUGCUAAGACUCCAAAGGAAAACACCACCAAGCCAAGAAUUGUUGUCUUCACCCACGGUACCGAACCAACCGUUGUUGUUAAAUACGAUUUCGCCACCGAAAAAUAUGAAAUCAGCGAAUACCCAGUCCACCCAAUUUCCGUUGACAAGAUCAAGGACACUAACGGUGCUGGUGAUGCAUUCGCCGGUGGUUUCAUUGCUGGUUUGGUGAAGGGUCUUCCAAUGGCUAAAGCCGUUGAUUUGGGUCAAUGGACUGCCAAGGUUAGUAUCCAAGAAAUUGGUCCAAGUUUCCCAUAUGAUCCAAAGGUCACUUACGAAUCUUCUUAG